AAGCUGAGCAUGACUAACCCUUGCAAAGCCUUCACCAGUGGCUCCCUCUCCUCUUGGGAGGUGUCAGGGAAGAUGAGCAGAGGAAAAGCAGCUAGCCCGUCCCCGGAUUGCCUGGGCCGCUGCAGUCCCAACGGGGUGGCCAGCAACGGCUAUGGCUCUCUCAGCCUCCACGGAGAUGGCGGAUACCGAUGCUCCUCUUACCCCUCCUUCUCCAUCGACGGGAGACUCCUGGCCCCCAUGCACCUUGAUAUUGACCCUGACUUCCAAGCCGUGCGGCAGCAGGAGAAAGAGGACAUCAAGUUGCUCAACAACCAGUUUGUGACCCUAAUUGAGAAGGUCCAGUGCUUGGAGCAACAGAACAAGAUCCUGACAACAAGGUGGAACUUCCUGAAGGAUCAAGAUAAUUCCCACUCUGAGUCGGACAUCAAGGCCAUUUAUGAUCAGUACAUGAGCAAAAUGAAUCAAGAGAUGAAGGCACUGAACUACGAGCAGGAAAAUCUUGAGUCAGAGCUGACAAAGGUCCUGAGCACCAUGGAUAACUUUCGAAGCAAAUACGAGGAUGAAAUUCGCCUCUGUAGUGGCAUGGAAUACACGUUCAUGGAGCUCAAAAAGGAUUUAGAUGUGAGCACCUUGCACAGAACUGAGCUGGAGGUAAAACUCAACGGGCUCCAAGAGCUGAUGGAUUUGAAGAAAACCAUCUAUGAGCAGGAACUCGAGGAGCUGCUGACAGAAAUUAAGGACAUUUCUGUUGUACUGGGAAUUGACAAUGCAUGCAAACUUGAUCUGAGCAGAAUUGUGGAAGAAGUGAGGGCCCAGUAUGAAGCCCUGGCUCUUCGGAGCUGGGAGGAGGCUGAAGCACUUACCAGGAGAAAGCUGACUGAAGGAAGCACCCAGUCAGGCACCUACGGGGGUCACCUCCUUGACAGCCGGCGGGAGAUCGCAGACCUGAACAUACAGAUCCAGAAGCUGAGGUCCUGCAUCGUGUCCCAAAAGAGCCAGUGCCUGUACUUAGAGGAGCAUAUCAAAGAAGCAGGAGAGCAUGGCGAGAUGGCCCUCAAGGAUGCCAAAGCUAAACUGGUCAAGCUAGAAGAAGCCCUACAGAAGAACAAAGAGGAUAUGGCUCAUCUGGUGAAAGAGUAUCAGGAGCUGAUGAACAUCAAGCUGGCACUGGAUGUGGAGAUCCUCACUUACAGGAAGCUGAUGGAAGGGGAGGAGAGCAGCAUGGAGCAACCAAUACCCACAGUCGUCAGCACUGUCCACUCCAGACCAAAGCACCUUUCUGCCAGCACCUUGAGAAACUCCAAGCUGUUUGCAAGAGGAACAGGCAGCACCAACGGUGAGAUGAAGCCAGAUGGAGGCAGCACGAAGAUACUGCUCUCUAGAAGCCACAGUGACAGCGCAGCGACGGGUGAAGCAGAUGCCUUCGUCAGCGGUGCCCGGCCAAAGCUCAAUUCCCUGCCCACUGAAGAAUGCUCCUAG